AUUUCAUAUUAGUAGUCAGUAAAGGAAUCAUAUUUUUUUUCAAAUAUUGUUUAAAGAUAGAUAAUUGAAAUAUAUACACAAGUAAUUUGUGCAGGUUACCAGUCGGCGCCAAACCAGUAAUGUCGUCAGCCAAAAGGAAAUCUAUGCCAGGAAAACAUAAACAAACAACACCAGAGAAGAGAUGCAGGAGUGGUCAGUUGGAACCUAUUGCAUCAGACACUUAUUCUGCACGGGAAUUUGAGACGGCAGCGGAACAUCAUGGAUUGGAUGAUGCGAAUAUAUCAGAUGACGAGGAAGGUGGAACGCGAAUUGGGGACAUUUAUAUACCACCUCCAAUACCACCGCAUUGUUCUACUGAAAGUAAGGGACCUCGUUUGAUUAUUAAAAAAAUUGAAAAUAAGAAUUUUAAAAGCUAUGCUGGUACAGUAGUCYUAGGUCCAUUUCAUCAUUGUUUUACCGCCAUCAUUGGACCAAACGGCAGUGGGAAGAGUAACGUUAUAGAUUCUAUGCUGUUUGUGUUUGGCUAUCGAGCAAAUAAAAUUCGAUGUAAGAAAAUUUCUACUUUGCUACAUAACUCGGCCAGAUAUCCAAACAUGUCUAUGUGCUCGGUUGCUGUACAUUUUCGUCAGAUAUUAGAUAAGGAAGGUGGAGAUUGUGAGGAUAUACCUGACAGUGAUAUUAUAGUGGAACGUAUCGCAUUUCGAGAUAAUUCCUCUUAUUAUACCAUCAAUGGUCGACGAGUACAGUUUAAGGAAGUAGCAAAGUUAUUAAAAAAACAUCACGUUGACUUAGAUCACAACAGGUUUCUAAUAUUACAGGGAGAAGUUGAGUCAAUUGCAAUGAUGAAGCCGAAGGGACAAACAGAAAAUGAAUGUGGUAUGCUUGAGUACAUGGAAGAUAUAGUUGGAACAACACGUUAUAAAGAACCUCUUGUCAAAAUAAAUGAACGAGUUGAGCAACUUACUGAAGAGAGAACAGAAAAACACAAUCGCUGCAAACUUGCUGAGCGUGAAAUGAAGGAUUUGGAGCAACCAUAUACUGAAGCAAUUGAUUACUUGCGACUCGAAAAUGAAAAUACGCGUAUUAAAAAUCUACGCAUACAAAAAUAUCUUAGUGAAAAAAACAAAAAACUUCAGGAAUACAAUAUAGAACACGAAGGAAUUAAUUCUGAGUUAAAAAGUCAUAUUGAAGGAUUUGAGAAGAUAAAAACAGAAAGGGAAGCAAAGGAGAAAUUAAUUAAGGAAGAAAUGUCGCAAUUUGACUCCCUUCGUAAAAGAAAAGAAGAUAUUGAAAAGCAAUGGGAAUGUGCACAUAAAAACUUUACCGAAGUUCAACAGACGAUGGACAUGACGAAUAAAAGGCGUAAGCAGCAUAAAUCACAAAUGGAAAAACUUAAAGACGAAAUUAUUGAUUUAAGAAAAAUACCUGCAAAGAAUGAGAAAGAGAUCGACGAAUGUCAGAAGAAAGCGRUAAAACUUACGGAAAGUAAAGCGGAACUGGAGGAAGAGCUUCAAAAGAACUAUGUUUCGCUGGAACAAAUAACCAAACCUCUUAUUGAAAAACGUGAACAGCUCGAAACCGAAUUAGUCGAGCUAAAAAAGCAUGUCGACGAGGCUAAAGCCGCUUUGGCAUUAUCUGAAUCUGAACUAAAAAUUCUUAAACACGAUGAAACKACGGAAACUCGAAAAUAUGAAACUAUGAAAACAUCAUAUGAUGAAUCGAAUUGCAGUUUAAGAGAAAAAAUUGCGACCAUUGAAGAAAUUAAAUGCCAGUUACCCGAAAUACAAAGUGAAAUUGUAGAAAAGACGCAAUAUUUGCAAAAAUUACAGUUUGAAGAGCAACAAAUGCGAGAAAAAUUAAUGACACUUAAGACUGAAAUAAAUGAAAAGUCUUUAAGCCUGCAAACAUCGCGAUCAAACAAUAAGGUCUUGGACUUUUUGAUGAGGCAAAAGAAUGAAGGAAAAAUUCAAGGAGUUUUGGGAAGAUUGGGUGAUUUGGGAGCCAUUGACUCAAAAUUUGACGUAGCAAUUUCAACAGCUUGCGGACGGCUAGAUGACAUCAUAGUCGAUACGGUUAAUACUGCACAAGAAUGUAUAGAAAAUUUAAAGCGUUAUGAUAUUGGUCGAGCUACAUUCAUUGCACUAGAAAAAGUAAAAUAUUUAGAAAAACAGUCUGGACGAAUACAAACCCCAGAAAAUGCUCCACGUCUUUACGAUUUAGUACGCGUGGAGGACGAACGGGUACUACCGGCCUUUUAUUUUGCCCUUCGCAAUACGCUAGUAGCUAACGAAUUGGAGCAAGGUUCACGAAUAGCUUAUGGUGUACGAAGAUAUCGAGUAGUAACAUUAAAUGGUGACGUUAUCGAAACGUCUGGCACAAUGUCAGGUGGUGGUCGUACACAGAUACGUGGAAAAAUGGGAACAAAGGUGCAAACUAAAACAAAACAUUCAGCAGAUUCGUCGAUGAUAUCCCAGAAAGCUUUAGAAGAUAUGCAAGUUAAAGCCGAGGAAUUACAAUCUCAAAUAAAUUACAACCAGGAGCAGCAAGGUCGUUUAGAACGAGAGGUACAACAACUCAAUUUAACCAAACAAAAAAAUGAAUCCCAAAUACAAAAACUGGGCAUCACCAUUAAAAGUUUGAAAGAACAGUUGCCUCGCAUUUUCAAACAAUUGGAGGCACAAAAAACGCGUAUGGAGCAAACUACUACCGAUGCAGCUAAAGUUAAAAAUAUUGAGGCCGCGAUUGUAAACAAACAAAAUAAUUUGAGUAGUUCUGAGGAAGAGGCAGACAAAGUGGCUAAGAAAAUAGCUGAAGUAAAGAGAGAAAUUGAGAGCAUCCAUGGUGAUAAAGUUAAAGCUGUACAAACAAAAAUCAACAAUUUGGGAAACCAAAUUAAGAAGCUAAAUAAUAAUAUAUCUAAGUUAAAAGUUGAAGUAACUACUUCUGAACGCAAUGUUAUCAAAAUGGAAAAACAAAUUGAACAAUUUAAUGAGGACAUAUUAAAAGCGCAAGAUGAGCUGGUUGCGAUGAGUAUGAAGAGACAACAAUAUGACGAUGAAACUGCGCAGCUUGUAAAAGAAAUUGAAGAGGCACAAAAGGCCAUUGAAAAUACUAAGAGUGAAUCUUCGGAAAUUCAAAAAGAAAUUGUAGCUUUGCAAAAGCGCGAAGGGGAGUGGUCACUCAAGCGAGUGGAAAUUGACCAAAAGCUUCAAACUGUUACUGCCAAAAUAUCUGACGUAAGAUCUCAAAUUCCGCACUGGCGAGAUCAGCUUAAACCUUUACGUUUGCAUGUUAUUCCGGGGGACCAAGAACCACAAUCGCCUCUUAAAACGUACACAGAAGAAGAGCUUGUUACACAUACUCUACAAGAUAUCCAAUAUAAAGAGAGUGUUCAAGAGGAAUUGCUUAAAAAAAAACCGAACCUCUCAUGUAUCGAUGAAUAUAUUGAAAAGCGAAACGUGUAUUUGGAGCGCGUAAAAGUGCUAGAAGAUAUUACAUCAAAACGUAAUGAAAUGCGGCAGCUUUACGAUGAUUUGCGAAAGAAGAGAUAUAAUGAAUUUAUGCUAGGUUUCAAAAUAAUUACGCGCAAGUUAAAGGAAAUGUAUCAAAUGAUUACCCAGGGUGGUGAUGCUGAAUUAGAACUUGUCGAUUCAAUGGAUCCUUUUACCGAAGGUGUCAGUUUCAGCGUGCGGCCACCGAAAAAGACCUGGAAGAACAUUUCAAACUUGUCUGGUGGUGAGAAAACAUUAUCRUCUUUAGCAUUGGUAUUUGCAUUACAUUACUAUAAACCGUCGCCACUUUACUUUAUGGAUGAAAUCGAUGCAGCUCUUGAUUUUAAGAAUAUUUCUAUUGUAGCACAUUACAUAAAAGAGCGCACCAAAAACGCACAAUUCAUCAUCAUAUCACUACGUUCCAAUAUGUUCGAGCUAUCCGACUAUAUUGUGGGUAUAUAUAAGGUAAAGGACUGUACAGACUCAGUUACCAUCAAGAAUGUGCCGCCACCAUUGCCACUCACACAAACUCAAACACAAGCCCCAACACAAAUGUCAGAUAAAAAUUCUCUGUUUGAUAAACUUAAGGAGAAAGGAAGUGAUUCGCAAGUAAUGGCACUAACACAAGUAGAAGAAGAUUCUGAAAAUGCGCCUCCUUCACAGAAUCGUGAAACGUUAUUUGACUCGAAUCUGCAAGAACGCGACACCACGUUUGAACCCAAUUACGAGAGUACUGCCCUAUCACAAAUGUUACAAAAGGACCUUGGUAACGAUUCUGGUCGCGCAACAGUAUGCUCUAAAGCCAAAAGCAGUAUUGAUUCGUUCUUUAAAAAACCGCUACCGCCCUCACAAAAAGGGAACACAUGAGCUACCCAUGUGCUUUUUUUUUAUAUUUAUAGCAUUCUAAAAUUAAAAUUUUCGAGACGAGCAAACUUA